AGUAAAACUUGGUGACGGUGGCGAGGAGUCGAAUCAUCAUCUUGUUCAACCUUUUCCUCUUCUCCACUACUUGAGCUCACCUUCCUUGUCUUCCAUUCCUCACAAAGUCACAGCUUCUCCGUCUCACUCUCUCUGCUCCGAGCCCAGAUUCUCCUCUCUCCCCUCUCCAUUUCACUCUCGGCUUACCUACCUCUCAGAUCCAGAAUUGUGCCGCAUAUCCUUGCGCAUCCGCGCUCUUCGUCUCCGCCACUUCCAUCGCUGGAAUCUGGUCGGCGGGUGUUUUUUGCUUCUCCAGUGAUUCGUUUGGGAGCGAUUGGAAGAAUUAGGGUUUAAGUGAUUUGUGAAUUGUGACUCACCAGAAAGGUUUGCAUUCGAAGGUGGAUUAUGAUGUCAAUGCUCUAUCACAAUCCUUCGUGCUUGGAGAUUUCUCUCAAGUGAACAAUUUGGAAAGAGUGUUCUGCCAUUGUUGAUUAGAAUUGCCGUUUGUAAAACAGGGAAACAUGUAAUCAAGCUCCUAAGAUUUUCGAAUUACAAAGAGAUCCCAUUUCCUUUUUCAGAAGCCGGCCUCUGCUUCGAGCUCCACAGGGUUUAUCAUCUUCUCACAGAAUUUCACCCAAGGAAAAAUGACGAAAUCACUCUCUCGACUGGGUUUCCUCUGUUUCUUCGUCUUUGUACUCUGUUUCCAGAAUUGCACAGUUGCGCAGAACAGUGUCGAAGAUGCCAAGGCUAUGCAAGCUCUCAAAUCGAGCCUGAAUCUCACAUCAGACGUCGAUUGGUCUAAUUCUAAUCCUUGUAAAUGGGAAUCAGUUCAGUGUGAUGGGAGUAAUCGAGUUACGAGGAUUCAGCUUAAGCAGAAAGGGAUUCGUGGGACUCUCCCUCCUGAUAUUCAGAAACUCUCGGAAUUGACUGUUCUCGAGCUCUUCCUCAACCAAAUCUCUGGUCCAAUCCCUGAUCUCUCCGGUCUCACUCGUCUGCAGACACUGAAUCUACACGGCAAUCUCUUCUCCGCCGUACCCAAGAACCUCUUCUCCGGCAUGAGUUCGCUCCAGGAAGUGUUUCUCGAGGACAACCCCUUCGCUUCCUGGGAGAUUCCCCAAAACAUCAAGGAGGCGACGUCUCUGCAGAAUCUCACCCUCUCCAACUGCAGCAUUACUGGAACAAUCCCCGAUUUGUUCGGCUCUCAAACGCUUCCAAGCUUGACCAACCUCAAAUUGUCUCAGAACUUCCUGCACGGCGAGUUACCGGCGAGCUUGGCAGGUUCUUCAAUCCAAUCUCUCUUCUUGAACGGUCAAAUGGGUGAGACGAAACUAAACGGAUCAAUCUCGAUACUGCAGAACCUAACUUCGCUUGUUGAGAUCUCUCUGCAAGCAAACUCCUUUACAGGUCCGAUUCCUGAUCUCUCUGGUUUGCAAUCUCUCCGAGUGUUCAAUGUAAGAGAGAAUGAUCUCACUGGUAUCGUUCCACAGUCCUUGACUCUCCUGAAAUCGCUCACCACUGUGAAUUUAACCAAUAACCAUCUUCAAGGACCGACUCCAGUAUUCGGCAAAUCCGUUGGUGUAGAUAUAUACCCCAAGAUGAAUAGCUUCUGUCAAGAUACAGCUGGUGCUCCAUGUGAUCCUCGUGUUGAUACUUUGCUCUCUGUAGCUGAAUAUUUAGGAUACCCAUUGAAUCUCGCGCAGUCUUGGAAAGGAAACGAUCCAUGUGAUAGCUGGACUGGGAUUACUUGUUCGGGAAGCAACAUUACUGUGCUUAAUCUGAGGAACCAGGGUCUACCUGGUACGAUAUCUCCGUUUUUAGCAAACCUUACUUCAUUGGAAACCAUCAAUCUCUCUGGCAAUAAGCUCACGGGGAGUAUACCGAAGGAGCUUACCACAUUGACUAAGCUUAAGACUCUCGAUGUGUCCAACAACAAUAUUUAUGGAGCUGUGCCAAAAUUUACGGAAAGUGUGCAUGUGGUGACUGAUGGAAACGCUAAUAUCGGAAAGGAUGGACCUGUCUCACCGGCUGGUACUCCUGGAGCUCCAGGGGGAGGAGGAGGGUCUGGAGGAGCUUCUGGAGGAGGAGGUUCUGGUGGAAGUGGGAAAUCAAGCAAUGCCAAGAUUAUUGUUCCGGUGGUUGGCGGUGUGAUCGGUGCAUUGUGUCUGGUUGGGCUCGGAGUAUGUCUCUACGCCAAGAAAAGAAAGCGACCCGCUAGAGUACAGAGUCCAAGAGGCAACAUGGUGAUUCAUCCGCAUCACUCGGGAGACAACGAUGCCAUCAAACUCACCGUCGCAGCUUCUAGUCUCAACAACAAUGGAGGAGGAAGCGAGAGCUGUUACAGUCACAGCGGAAGCGGGGAUGGUGAUAUCCACGUUGUGGAAUCUGGGAACUUGGUUAUAUCGAUACAGGUCUUGAGGAAUGUGACGAACAACUUCAGCGAGGAGAAUAUUCUCGGGAGAGGCGGUUUCGGGACGGUUUACAAAGGCGAGCUCCACGAUGGGACGAAAAUAGCCGUGAAGAGGAUGGAGUCUUCGGUUGUAAGUGAUAAGGGGCUUGCUGAGUUUAAAUCCGAGAUCACUGUCUUGACCAAAAUGCGUCAUCGUCAUCUCGUCGCGCUUCUUGGGUAUUGCCUUGAUGGUAGCGAGAGGCUUCUUGUCUACGAGUACAUGCCACAGGGAACACUGAGCCAGCAUCUGUUCCAUUGGAAAGAAGAAGGUCGAAAACCGCUCGAAUGGACCAGACGGCUGGCUAUUGCAUUGGAUGUAGCUCGAGGUGUCGAGUAUCUACACACGCUUGCGCAUCAGAGUUUCAUCCAUAGGGAUCUAAAGCCAUCGAACAUCCUUCUUGGUGAUGAUAUGCGCGCUAAAGUCUCUGACUUUGGGUUAGUCCGUUUAGCCCCUGAUGGCAAAUACUCCAUCGAGACUCGUGUCGCUGGGACCUUCGGAUACCUUGCCCCAGAAUAUGCAGUGACGGGAAGAGUGACGACCAAAGUCGACAUUUUCAGCCUCGGGGUCAUACUUAUGGAGCUGAUCACUGGCCGUAAAGCCCUGGACGAGUCGCAGCCCGAGGACAGCGUCCAUCUAGUGACAUGGUUCCGUCGGAUCGCAGCGAGCAAAGACAAAGACGAAAACGCCUUCAAAAACGCGAUCGACCCGGUCAUCAAGCUCGACGAAGAAACCUUAGCCAGUGUCGAAACAGUCUGGGAGCUCGCUGGUCACUGUUGUGCACGCGAGCCUUACCAAAGACCCGACAUGGCUCACAUCGUUAACGUCCUUUCUUCACUCACCGUCCAAUGGAAACCCACCGAGACAGAUGCCGAUGACCUCUACGGGAUAGACUAUGAUCUUCCGCUGCCGCAGGCUGUUAAGAAAUGGCAAGCUUCCGAGGGAUUUAGCCAAACCGUGGACGACUCUGGAUCUUCGUCUUCCGUUUACGGAAGCAAAGACAAUACACAGACAAGUAUCCCUACUCGCCCAUCUGGAUUUGCGGACUCCUUCACUUCUGUGGAUGGACGUUGAAGAAAUAAAGCCUGCGUUUUCCGAUCUCGUUGAAAAGUUUAAAUAGUAUGAAGCAUUGUGUGAAUGUUUUCUCUUUUCUUUUUGUUUUUGUGUGUUCUUCCUUUAUUUUUUUUUACUCUGAAUCAUUUACUUAUGACUUCUUUUCUAAGUUAUUGUUAUUAUCUACAUUCUAGUGUUUAUGAAUAAACUAUCUUUGAGAGGUCUUAGAUAUGAAGCUCUUUCUUCCUAUUUCGACGUUUC